CCACCAGAAAGAAAAACCAAAAACAAACAAACGAACAAGAUUCUAAAAAUUCCCAACCAAAUUUGUUCCUUCAUAUUCAUCUUGAUAUCUUCAUAAAACCCGUUUCAAAAUCCAUCAAUUGGCAGGCACAUGAUGUUUCAUGCAGUUACACAUUGAAAAAAAAAAAACUGACAAACUUCAUUUUGAAUCCCCUGAUGUUUCUGUUAGAUUAGAUUCUGGCAUGAUGAAACUGAGGUCCAUUUCGAGAAUUCUUUUUGGUUUGAUCGUUUUAUCAGCUUUGGAUCACAAUGGUGUUUCGGCUUCAGAACCGAAGGAAGCGUACGCAACUCUUUUAUAUGGAGAUGAAUUUUUGUUGGGAGCACGCGUUCUUGGUAAGUCGAUUCGGGACACCAGAUCUACCAAAGACAUGGUUGUUUUGGUCUCUGAUGGCGUUUCGGAUUACGCCAAGACUCUUCUCCAGGCUGAUGGUUGGAUUGUGACGCCAAUUAGUCUUUUGGAGAAUCCGAAUCAAGUGCGACCCACAAGGUUUUGGGGUGUAUACACAAAGUUAAGGAUCUUCAACAUGACUGAUUAUGAAAAAGUGGUGUAUCUUGAUGCUGAUACAAUCGUUGUCAAGAACAUUGACGUUUUAUUCAAAUGUGGGAAAUUCUGUGCCAACUUGAAACAUUCAGAGAGACUAAACUCAGGUGUAAUGGUAGUUGAACCAUCUGAAGAACUUUUUAACGACAUGGUGAGCAAAGUGACAACGUUGAAAUCUUAUACAGGAGGUGAUCAAGGUUUUCUCAAUGCCUAUUACGCUGGAUUUCCCAGUGCGCGUGUUUUUGACCCUAAUAUUUCUACCGAAGAAGUGAAUUCUAAACCGGCUGCAGAAAUGGAGAGACUUUCUACUCUAUAUAACGCAGACGUUGGACUUUACAUGCUCGCUAACAAGUGGAUGGUAGAUGAGAAAGAACUAUGUGUUAUACACUAUACACUUGGCCCUCUUAAACCAUGGGAUUGGUGGACAUCAUGGCUAUUGAAACCUGUUGAUAUAUGGCAGGAAGUUAGAGAGCAUUUAGAAGAAUCUCUCCCGGGAACUGGUGGAGGACGAAACCCUCAUGAUCAUCUUUUAGUCAAUUUCCUAUUUUUGCUCCCGGUUUUCAUUUUACUUUUUUGUUAUUACCGAUCUUUUAUACAGACGCGUUCUUUAUGUGAUCACGCUAGACAUAUAUACUACAAGUUUAGAUCAGGAGGUGCACUUGCUUAUUCUACAGUAUCUUCAUCCACCAUUAGUUCUAAUCAACAGUUUGCUAAUGGUGCACACUCCAUGGUGCCUGACUACCUUGGUGGAAUUUCCGUAUUAGUUUGUUUCGUUGCGGCUGUUGUGUCUCUUGGAUUUGGUUUUUCGGUUGUGCCUAGACAAGUGAAGCCAUGGACCGGCUUGAUUCUGAUGUAUGAAUGGAUUUUUACGAUAUUCUUUCUAUUAUUUGGAUGUUACUUGCACAUGAUAUAUAAAUGGGGGAAAAUGGUGGCAAAUCAAACUGGAAAUCGCGGUCCUGGAGCUUCAGAUUACGAUUCUGAAAAAGGUCAUCAAAGGGUGUCUUGUGAUGUUGCACCAUGGUAUUAUGGGUUAGGGAUGGCGUUUCUGGCGGUUGCCGCACCUCUAACGCCUGGUAUAUUUGGGAUUACCGCUUUAAUAUUGAGGCUUAGUUUGAUGGUUGCGGGUGGUUUAGUUUUGGCGUCUUUUAUGACAUAUGCCUCGGAACAUCUAGCCAUCAGGUCGUUCAUGCGAGGCCUUGAAGAUAGGGAUACUUCAAGAACACGGAACGCUUGUGUCUUAUGCUGCUAAUUAGAUAUUCAAAUUGAAAAUGUGAGUUGUUUACUUGUAGAUCUCAUUGAUAAGUAGUAAUUGUUACGGUCAACGUUUGACUUUUGACUAUCAAAUGGACAUGAAAAAUGGUUGUUGCAAUCAAGAGAGCAAUGAAAAGCAAUACCAAGUUUAGUUGUC